AUGAAGAUGUUCCAUUUAAUAUUAUUAAUCAGUUGUUUUUAUCUUGGUAGAGCCCUAGAUUGUGGCGGAAAUCAAAUUUCAAAUACUAUCGUUGUUGAUCAACAAGGAAAAGGAUCAUUUGUAACGGUUCAAGCUGCCAUUGAUUCUAUAAAGAAUCAAAAUGAAAUACCUAAGGAAAAGCCAUGUAUUAUUUUAAAAGGAUCAGGAAGCAACACCACAACCAUUACUUAUUACGAUUCAUUUCAUAAUAAGGGUACAUCUUUGAGUGCUACAUUCAUUUCAUCUCCACCUAAUAUUGUUGUGAGUGGCAUUACAUUCAAGAACACAUUUGGAACGGAUGGACCUGCAGUUGCAGCUAAUUUUUAUGGUGAUAAAUCUGCUAUCUUCGAUUCUAGUUUCAUGGGUUAUCAAGAUACAUUACUUAUAUCACUAGGACGCUCUUACUUUAAAAAUUGUUAUAUUGAAGGAGAAGUUGAUUUUAUUUUUGGUUCAGGCCAAACUUAUUUUGAGAAUAGUUUGAUAAAUGCCACACAACGACACAAAAGACCACCUGGUUAUGUGACAGCACACAGAAGAAAUUCACCAAAUGAUCCAAAUGGUUUUGUUUUUAGAGGAGGGUCCCUUGUUGGAACAGGUAAAGUACAUCUUGGAAGACCUUGGGGCGUUUAUGCAAGAGUUAUAUUUUGGGAAACAUACUUUUCUUCAGUGGUAGCUCCUCGAGGAUGGAAUAUUUGGGAUUUAAAACAUGGACAAGAAUUAAAUGUCGUCUUCGCAGAAGUUAAUUGUACAGGACCAGGUUCUAAUACUAAGAACCGUGUCAGGUGGGAGAAGAAGCCAAGUUACUUAAACAUGAAUGAUUAUACUUUAUCAUCUUUCGUAAAUUAUGAUGGAUGGCUUGAUCAAAUACCAUCUAUAAUGUAG